CCCUUGUUUCCUUGCAGACCCCGAGCGCGCCAUGGAUUUAGCGAUGGACGGGGAGGCUUUUGUUUCGGCGGAUCAGAAAGCAGCGCCCAUAGCGGCAGCGGCUGAGUUGCCGGAUCUGUAUUUCUUCGGCCUGCCCGGGGUGGGCAAGAGCUUUUGCGGCGAGGCCUUGCAGGACUUGGGCUACCUCUUCCACGACGGGGACGGCUGGCUGCCAAUGGAUCUGCGGCAGAGCUUGCGGGAGGGCCGCGGCUUCACGGAGGAGCAGAGGGACCGCUUCGUGCAGGAUAUCAUCGAGCGCAUCGGCGCGGUGAAGACGGAGGAGGCGGCAGCGGCUGCAGCGGAGAACCGUCCAGCGCGGCCGCUUUGUGUGGCGCAGGCCACUUUCAAGCAGCGGCACCGGGAUCAGCUGCGUGCCGCGCACCCUUCCCUGCAGAUGGUGUGGGUGCAGGCGGACGAGGAGCAACGCUGGGCGCGGCUGCGUUCGCGGGUGGGGGGGGUGGACGAGGUGUUGGGGCGGCAGAUGGCGGCGGACUUCGAAUUGCCCACGGAAGCCGAGCGGCACGUGGUCUUCUGCAACGAUUGGCGGGAGGAGGACAAAGAGCUUUCGCAGGCAGGCAUGUGGCGGAAGCUGCAGCAAGCCAUGCCGGAGCACUUUAGGAUUGGCCUCUCAAACUGAGAAGCCUCUCGAGAAAACGGUUUUGGAUUCGCGCCGCUCUCUGGAUUUGGCAUGUGCCA